AUGUCAAUCCUGUAUCGAAAAAAAAUUUCUUUUAGAGUGUUUAAUUCAGGGUUCUGUCAAUGUUUACCUGGAUAUUAUGAUGAUGGCAUCUCUUUUAACUGUAAAAACUGCUAAAUUUAAUGUUUAACUUGUUAAAACACUGCAGACUAUUGCACAACUUGUAUAACUACAAGAUAUUUAGAAGGAAAUAUCUGUAAAUGUGAUUAAAUUUUUUUUGAUAAUAAAUUGGAGAAAUGUAGUAAAUGUGAUUAGAAUUGUUAUUAUUGCACAAUCGAUUUAAAGAAUUGUAUUGAAUGUGAUUAAUCAUAAAUGAGAUUACUAGAUAAUGUUACUCAAACUUGCAUUUGCAAGCCUGGAACUACAGAUAUUAAUUUUGAAUAUCAAAUAUGUGAUAUUACAUGUUAAACAUGUUAAAAUUCAAUCACUAAUUGUACUUCUUGCAAAAUUUUGAGAUUAUUAUUCAACAAUCAAUAUAGUUACAUUGCAUAGAUGAUAAAGAGUGUUUAUUUUGUAAUAAAACUUUUUUUACAUGUAUCAACCGAGAUGAUUAUUGUAGAUUAAAAUCGAAUCUUUAAAACCGGAAAUAUGUGUAUUUGCCAAGAUGGAUAUUAUGAAGAAUCUAUUACUUUAAGUUGUAAAUAGUGUGAUUAAUCUUGUUUAACUUGUAAAAUAUCUCCUACUUAUUGUCUUACUUGUGAUGCUUCGUAUUAUUAACAAUAAUAAAAUUAAAUUUUUUUAUGUUCAGAGUGGAAAGUUUUUAAAUUAUUAAUAAAAUCUCAGUUUGGAUGUCUUGAAUAGAUGUUUUUGUUCAAAAGGUUUCUAUUUAAUACAUUUAAAAUGUGAAUGUAUAAUAAUAGUAAUUUAGCUUGUAAUAUUUCAUGUAAAGAAUGCAAAAAAUUAUCGCAAUGUAUAAAAUGCCAAAAUCUUACUAGAUAUUUUGAUCCAGAUGCAUAGAUGGAUAUUAUGAAGCUUAUUUAAAAAAAUGUUCAUGUAAAAUUACAAAUUAUUCUUAGAAUGCGAUUUAAGUUGUAAGACAUGCAUUAAUUAAUCUACAAAAUGCUUAUCUUGUGAACUUAAUUACUUUAGAGUUUUAAACAAUAAUAAUUAAUGUAAUUGUUUAGAUGGUUAUUAUUAUAUUGGGAUUGAGAUGUGUUAACUAUGCAAUUUAUAUUGUAAUACUUGUUAUAUGAGUUCAACCAAAUGUGCUUAAUGUAACUUAACCAAAUUCUUUAGAUUAUUAAAUCUAAAUUAAUUUUUUUGCUAAAAUGGAUAUUAUGAUAAUGGCUUAAUAAUUUGUGAAAGUAAACAAUUUUAAUUAAUUUAUAGAGCGUUCCAAUUAAUGUCUCGCAUGUAAAGGGAAAGGAGAUUAUUGUACAAGUUGUGAUCCUAAUUAAAAUAGAAUUGAUUAAUCUGUUAUUAAUAAAUGUCCUUGUUCAUCUGGUUUCUAUUAAGAUGAAUAUGAAAAUUGUUAAAGUAUUAAUUUUAUAUAUAACAAGGAUGCUAUCUUAAAUGUUAAACAUGUAAUUAAUCUAAAGAGAAUUGUAUAAAUUGUUCUUAUUCCAUUACUUCUAAUAGACAAAGCAUCUCUCAGAAUUGUAUUUGCAAAGAUGGGUAAUUUGAUGAUGGUAUUUAACUGGAUUGCUAAAAAUGCAGCACACGUUGUAAAUAUUGUUUAGAAUCUUCUACUCAUUGUUUAACUUGUUUUAGCAAUUUGAGAGACACACCUCCUAUUUGUAAUUGCAAGCUUGGAUUUUUUGAAAAGUCUGCUUAAAAUUGUGAAUGUAUUUAAUCAUUUAUUAUUUUAGAAUGUGAAAAUUAAUGCUUAACUUUUGAAAAGACUCCUACUAAUUGUUUAAUAUGUAAAGUAGGUAGAUUUAAGUAAACAAUGUCUAUUUUAGGAUGGGUAUUAUGAAAGUGGAUAACCUCUUUGUAUUUGUAAUUAAUUAUUAAUAAUUUAAGAAUGUGACUUUUUUUAAUGUAAAAUAUGCAAGGAUUCCUCAUUAAAUUGUAUAAUCUGUAAAGGAGAUAGUAUUAACAUUCCUAAAUGUGAAUGUCCUGAAGGAUUUUAAGAUGAUCUAAAAAAUGAAUCUUGUUAAGUUUGUGAUGGAUUAUGUAAAACAUGUAAUGUAGAUGGUUGUCUCAGUUGUAAUAGCAAUAAAAUCUUACCUCCUGAGAUGUCUUGUGAUUAACCACCUAAUUCUGUGAGUCAUCCUGAAACUCCAUGA